AUGCUAAAAGCUGUUAUUUUUCAGCAUUAAUGUCUAUAAUUACUUAUAUUAUUUGUUCAUUUUUAACAUCUAGGUGUGUUUCUAAUAUAUUAAAAAGAUUGUUCAUUAAAAAGAAUGAAAAUAAAACUUUCUUAAAAUUUAUUCGAUUUUUUUAAUCACAAGUUCUUUAUAAUUGUCUACAAUUUAAAAAUUAUUACAUUAGUCAACAUGCUUUUUAACUCUAUUAAACAAUUCUUCAUUAAUUAGUAUUUAGUACAUUACUUUAAUUUCCAAAAUGAAACUUUUAAUACAAUUUUUGAAUCUAUUAAUUCUAUAAAUGCUAUUUUCUCAUUAAUAUUAAUUGUAUUAUUAAAUUUUAAGUCUCUUUCCAUAACAUCUUCUAAAAUAAUUAAUAAAAAUAAAUGGAGAUAUUUAUUUGAAGGUUCAAAUGCUAAUUUUUGGGCAGUCAAUUUUAAAUCAUUUUAAAUUUACAAAGUUUAAUGUUAUUUAAUUAUAAUUGUAUAAUUAAAAAAUUAUCCUGAAGCUUAAUCUAUUUUAUUAUAACAUUAUCACUUAUAUAUUUAAUGUAUCUUUGUCAAUUUAUACCUUUAAUUCAAAGUAUGA